AUGCAGAAAUUGCUUUUGACCAUUUUCCUUGGAGUGGCAGUGGGAAAUUUGGCUCCGUAUGCACCUCGGGGAUGGCGACCGCAUGGUCAAUCGUUUAAUCCGAGCAAAAAUCAAUUACAAUCAUACGGUCCACCUGCUGCAUCCCUAACUUACGGAUCAUCGGAGUCAACCACACGCUAUCCACCAUUUGCAACAACAAAACAACCGCAGACCACUACAACAACAACCACAACGACGUUUAGAAGCAGUAGCAGAGAACCAACAACUACUCCGCCUCCAAUACCUGAGGAAGACAUCGCAAAUAAUCCCGCUUUCGCCAUUGCGAAUUCUUUCGCAUUCAACAGACCAGUUUAUAUCUAUAAUACGUAUCCUUUUUCCGGCUUCACUGUAAUAUGACCAAAUAGAACUUUCACGAAGCUUACUAACUUCGCGUUUUCAAUUUGAGACUGAUAUUCACGAGUGAAAAGAUAGAGUUGCGUUUCUUUUUUUUUCUUCUUUUUUAUUAGAGGAGAAAACUUCUUUUUUUGUUGGAAAAGAAAA